CUCCGCCUUGGCCCGCCCAUGCUUCUCCCCUGCUCCGGAACGGCUCUCAACUGCAGGCGCCCGGCCGAGGAAGAGGAGGAAGAGGGCCUGCCUUCUCGUUCCCUGCCCCGGGAAUCCCUCCACACGGAUCGAGCCCGAGACCUUGGUUGUGCGCAGAGCAGAGGAAGGAGCCCGGCCUGUGGCCUUGAGUCUGAGAAAGAUUAUUCCUCCAUCUGUAUGCCCUAAGAAUGGAAACGGCGGACACAGAAAACAUAUCCCGGAAGCGGGCCCAUCCCGAAGGCGAUCAAGAUGACGUGGACAACGUUAAAAAGCAGAAGUUCUCCAAAGAAUGCCCAAAAGAAAAAGAGAAUUCCAAUCAGGAAGCCAAAGCCGGCUCCGAGCAGCCAAUAAGCCCUCCAGUUGAAGAAUCCAAAGGAGACGUAAUUUUGAAUGAAGAAAAUCCAGGCCGAGAAGAGGAAGAAGAAUUGGUAGAAAGCGAUGGGGAACGUGAACCGGAGAAAUUUGCGGAUCUGAUGAAACACGGCUUGAUGGAGCAGGAUGUGGGCAUCAAAAAAUUUGCUAGUUCGCACCAGGGCUUUCUAGGAAUAUUAAAAGAGAGAUACUCCGAUUUUGUGGUUCAUGAAAUAGGAAAAGAAGGCGAGAUCAUUCAUUUAGAUGACUUCUCCGUGCCAGUUGAUAAGGAGGAUCCUCCUGAAGAGAUCUUCACAGUGUUGUCACCCGAAGAGAAACAGCGCCUGGAAGAGCUGCAACUUUUUAAAAACAAAGAAAGCAGUGUUUCCAUUGAGGUAAUUGAAGACACUAAAGAAAAAAGGACAAUUAUACACCAGGCUGUAAAAUCUUUAUUUCCAGGAUUAGAGACCAAAACAGAGAACCAGGAUGGGAAAAAGUGCAUUGUUGCUUAUCACGCAGCUGGGAAAAAAUCACUUGCAAACCCGAGGAAACAUUCCUGGCCAAAAUCUAGAGGAAAUUAUUGCCAUUUUGUCUUAUAUAAAGAAAACAAGGAUACCAUGGACGCAAUCAAUAUGCUGUCCAAAUAUUUAAGAGUUAAGCCGACCAUAUUUUCUUACAUGGGAACCAAAGACAAAAGGGCUAUCACAGUUCAAAAGAUAGCUGUUUUGAAAAUCACCGCACAGAGACUAGCUCAUUUAAACAAAUGCUUAAUGAACUGCAAGCUUGGGAACUUCAGUUACAAGAAUCACCCGCUGAAGUUGGGGGAAUUGCAAGGAAACCAUUUCACAGUCGGUCUGAGAAAUAUAACGGGGACUGAUGAUGAAGUUCAGCAAGCCAUGCACUCCCUUAAGGAAACCGGAUUUAUUAAUUAUUACGGCAUGCAGAGGUUUGGAACCACAGCCGUUCCUACGUUUCAAGUAGGAAGAGCUAUUCUGCAGAGCAACUGGAAUGAAGCCAUAGAUUUAAUUCUCAAACCACGUCCAGGAGUUGAAAAGGGUUCCUUGGUAAAAUGCCGAGAGGAAUGGGCGAGGACGAGAGACCCCGCGGCAGCCUUUAAGACCCUGCUUGAGAAAAGAUGCGUGGAAGGCCAGUUACUCUGGGGGCUUUCUAAAUACGGCCUGAAAAAUAUCGUCGCUGCAUUUAACAUGAUAACAAGAAAUUAUCGUUUGAUGUAUAUUCACAGUUACCAGAGUUAUGUAUGGAACAACAUAGUGAGCCAAAGAAUAGAAGAAUAUGGGCUGAGAGCAGUUCCAGGGGAUUUGGUACUAAAAGGAGGCACAGCUGUUCAUAUCGAAGAGGCGGAUGUGGAUAAUUACACUAUCCAUGAUGUUGUCCUGCCCUUGCCUGGCUUUGACGUCAUUUAUCCGAAGCAUAAAAUUGGAGAAAGCUACAAGGAAAUGCUAGCCAGUGACAACCUGGAUAUCAACAACAUGAAGCACAAAAUCCGAGACUACUCGUUAUCUGGGGCUUAUAGAAAGAUUAUUAUCCGACCUCAGAACGUGAGCUGGGAACUGACUGAAUACGAUGAUCCUAAAAUCCCAUUAUUUACUACUGACUUGGAUAAACUGGAAGGAAAAAUACCUGCAGCUCGUGCAACAGGAGGCAAAUACAAGGCUCUGAAGAUGGAGUUCUCUCUCCCGCCAUCUGCUUAUGCCACAAUGGCAAUUCGAGAAGUGCUAAAAUUGGACACCAGCAUCAAAAGUCAAUCACAGUUAAACACAACCUGGCUUCGUUAAUCCUUUUCGGGGACCGGAUAAGGUUUCGACAUGCAAAAUUUCUUCUUCCUUUACUCAUUUUAUCUUGCCCACAUGAUUUCUUAAUUGAGCUGUAUUUUUAUAUUAGUUGGAAGGACGUUAUUUCAGAUUUGCUGUAAAAAUUUUAAUUUUGUUUUUUUUAAAUAGUUUGAACAAAUAUGGUGCUCCCUACGGCAGAAUUCAAGCUACCAAUUGGCUUCGUUAGCGGUAUUUAACGCUCAAAGAUGUUUCAUUCUCAUAUGGAAGCAAACAGGUCUUCAUGAAUAUGGUCCAGAUUAAAAGUAAUUGCAGAUAUGUUUCAUUCUGCAGUUCAGGAAUAUUAAAUGGAUAUAUGUAUCCAACGAACAGAUUUCUUUAGCCUUAAGAAUGCUGGAAAGCCUGCUUUCGCAACUACUGUUGACAAAAUGUUCACCUCUUCACCGUUUUAAUUUGAUUACUUCUAUUAUUAAAUCUCUGUUUUUCCUUACAUGCAAACUUGGAAAGAAGCCAACACCUAAAAACAGAAGUAGUGUGUCAGCAAACGUUUUAUGGUUUGUCUGUUGCUGGCAACAGAUGAACUUGGAAAAUCUGCACCUUGACUUAACAGGAUUAAAUUACCCAUUCUGAAUUUGA